CCCCUCGCUUUGCCAGCAGCAAGAGACCGCUUGGGCCCCUCUCUCUCUCUCUCUUUGUGGCAGUAGUUUUAUGGGGGGCUCUGGGCAGAGAAAGGGCAAGUGAUGGCCAUGGCCGCCGCUUCAUGUUCAAACUUGUGCUGCUGCUUCUCUGCCUCAAUUCCCAAAUUACCUUCACCAACUCUCCUUUCCUGGUCUUCUCGGGCCUCCAUUCUUUCUGGGUCCAAUGGUAUUUCAAUUUCCUUCCACAGAGCUCGCUCUAACUCUAGAACUCGUGCCAAGUUCGACAAGUUCCAAGGUGAAGAUCCCCGAGAUAAUACUGAAGAGUUCACCACUCCAUCGCUGUCACCGCCGUCGCCUUCGGUUGAGCCAGGACAGCAUAUGGUUCAAGAAGAAGAAGAUGACAGCUGCCUGCCUUCUGAUUUGGAGGGCGCUGUCCGACAGUCAAGCCAAGCAAGUGCCACUUUCGUUUCUUCUGGUGGAAUGAGAGCUAUAGUUGAGCUUUUAAUCCCGCAGUUGCAGUUUCUAGAUGACGAGGGGGCCCAAAGUGAGCUUUGGGAGCUGUCUAGAAUUUUCUUGGAUACGCUUAUUGAAGAAACAGACUGUCAGAGAGUUAAAGCUAUCUUUCCUGAUGCUGGCGCUGCUGCACUUCUAAAAUAUCGGUGGCAAGAUGCUACUUUUGGCUUCUCCAGUUUAAGUGACAGGAAGCCUGUAGACAAUGGAGAUGAAAUUGUUGUGAUGGUUGUUCCUGAUUACCAGAUGUUAGAAUAUGUGGAGAGGAUCGCAUCUGAUCUCUCAAAUGAUCCGCCUAGGCCUCUCAUAAUGUGGAAUCCACGUCUUGUCAGUGAGGACGUUGGGGUUGGGUUCAACGUUCGGAAGCUACGUCGUUACUUUUUAAGCUCUUUUACAGUGACUUACUCAAUGAGGCCUCUGCCUUCUGGAGCUGUCUUUAGAUGUUAUCCCGGUUACAGUUUCAAUGCUUUACUAGGUUGUGGAAGGUGUUCUAUGAUGACAAGGACAGGCCAAACCGGUAUCUUCUUGCGAAAGAACUAAUAAGCCGUCCUGAUGCAGAAGAACUUGAGAUAAUAUUUGGAAAUGUAGAGGAGAAUUCCGACAAGGGCCCAUCAUUUUUCGACAGGGCAGCAGGCAUCUUCUCUUCAUUAAACCGAUUCAUGAAAGUCAUAUCAAGAUGAAACAAGUGCGGCUAAAUGCAUGGUCAGUUGUCGACAAUCGAGUCUCACAGUUCUGUUUAUAAAUCUGUUAGCAUUGUGUAUACUGUGUUUGCUUUGUGAAGCAUAAAUGAUAAAUACAAUGUAAGUGCUAAGAAGGCAAUAGAUGCAUGCUGCAGAUAAACUAAAUUAGUGUCUGACAUUUGUAUCUUAAUCAACAGAUAUUUUUGUUAUUUCCUCAAAAUUUGGCUUCAUAUAGUUCUAUUCA